AUGGCUGACGUAUUAGAUAUUGAAAAUUCAGUAGAAUUUGAAGUUGACGAAGAUGGUGAACAGGGAAUUGCUCGCCUGAAAGAGAAGGCGCGAAAACGCAAAGGACGUGGCUUCGGCUCAGAAUCUGGCGGCGUUGGUUCAGAAAGAGGAAAUAGGGGAAGAUAUGACAGCUUAGCGCCAGAAGGUGAUGGCAACGCACCUGGUCCACAGAGGUCCGUAGAAGGUUGGAUCUUAUUCGUGAGCAAUGUACAUGAGGAAGCCCAAGAAGAAGAUAUACAGAAUCAGUUCUCAGAGUUUGGUGAAAUUAAAAACAUACACUUGAACUUAGAUCGGCGCACUGGAUUCUUAAAAGGUUAUGCCUUAGUGGAAUAUGAGACCUACAAACAAGCAGCUAGUGCCCGAGAAGCCUUAGACGGAGCUGAUAUCUUGGGGCAAGCUAUCUCGGUGGACUGGUGCUUUGUGAAAGGCCCUUCAAAAAGCCACAAGAAACGUCGA